UGAAAACAACAUUAAAGCACGUCAUCGUUCAUAGAUCAAGGGUAUUUACAAUUAUUCCUUUAAACAAUUUACUGCAGUGUGACUUGGUGUACAGUUGUUGGUGCUAAAAAAUAUCCUAAUACAUUUCCAAAAAUGCCGGAAUACACACUUGCAGAGGUCCAAAAACACAACGACAACAAAAGCACCUGGAUUGUUAUACACAACAAUGUUUAUGAUGUUACAAAUUUCUUAAACGAGCAUCCUGGUGGUGAAGAAGUAUUGCUGGAACAAGCCGGAAAAGAUGGCAGCGAAGCGUUUGAAGACGUCGGUCACUCAAACGACGCCAGAGAAAUGAUGGUGAAAUACAAAAUCGGCGAGAUUGUUGAGUCUGAACGCAGACCUGUCAAAGACAGGCCCGUAGACUGGACAGCCUCGAAGAACGACGACUCAUCACAAAGCUCCUUUAAGACGUGGAUCGUUCCAGUUUCCUUGGGAAUUUUGGCAACUCUUUUAUAUCGUUUUAUCUUCCAAGCACAGCCCUAAACUAACAAUCCAACAUAAACUAAAUAAUACUAAAUAAAUAUUUAAAUAUAUGCAUUUACGGUUGUAGGGACUAUAGGUAGUGUUUGAUGUAUUUUGUCAACAUCCACCUACCCUCACUGGGUAGUUUUUAAUUAUUUCUUACAUUACUUGCUACUGUAUUAAAUUAAAAUUUUACUUCAUAUGCUUUUAACAAUUGUUAUAUGAAAUUUUUAUUAAAUUUGUUGUAAUUUA